UUCAAGCUCUCGUGAUAAACUGUACUUUAGGUGCAGCAUGGAUAGGGACAGUGACGACAGUCAUGGCGUCCAAGCUGUCGGGACAUAUGGUGAUGUCAGAGCUGAUACAGCUGAAAUGACAGAGCAUGGGAAGUUUAAAGAAGAGGAGAAUGAUGUCGAUACCGACGAACACUUUUUCGUCGACCACCAAAAGGCCAACAAGAACGAAGGCGAUGAUCACGGGAUAGAACUUUCUAAAACUUUAAGUGAAGGAUCAGUGGUUCUUGAACUUGAGCAGCUACGUCAACCAUUGAAUGAACGGUUUUCUCGAAUCGAUAAUGAUUACAACGCGACCCAAAAUAACGAUAUUUGUCAUGAUGAUGAUGAUGAACAUGAAUCCAGAGACAACCAAGACAGAAAUGGUAGUAAAAAUAAAUUGGAGGAUAGCGUAGACCAGACGAAGAAAAAUGGAACCAGGAUUUUCAUUGCUGUUAAAGCAACUUAUUUUCUUUUCGUUGCUGGUGUGGCUUGCUUGUUGCCUUUCCUUCCAGUCUAUAUGUCGUACCUUGGACUUGGUGUGAUGGAUAUCAGUAUAAUCACCACUCUGGGACCCUUCUUCGCCAUGGCGGCAUCAUCUCUAUGCGGAACAUUAUCAGACAGAUUCAGAUUGCACAAAGUGAUGCUACUCACAUGCUAUUGUGCAACAGCUUUAGUUUACGGAAGUAGCGUUUUCAUGCCCUUUAUUUCACCCAGUCUGAGUACUCAAAUAAGUUUCAAGCAUACUGAGCAAAACGCGAGCAACGCAACAUCUUACAUAGGGCGAAAAUUAAGCGUCUUCUAUCAUGUAGAUCCAGAGAAGUCGACAGGCAAUCAAUCUUGUAGAUUCCAGAACACAACGCACUUGGACUUCAUGGACCUAAGUACAUGCAAGUUCUCAAUAAUCGAGAGGCGAAACACAUCGAAUAUUGCAUCCUUUCUGGAGAAUCUCUGUGGAUGUUCGUUUACUGACCUUGCAACAAUUACCGCUUCUGAUCACGAGAAUGGGAGCCGUCGGAUCGGCGAUGGUGUUGUUCCAUACGAAAUAUGCCUAUUAUACAAUGAUUUGAUGAAGGCACAUGUCAAUCAAUACAAUUUAAUAGAGUGUGAUUUAUCAGUAAAGUACAAAGAUUUUUUCAACAGUGCAGUUCUUGUAAAUAUGUAUGAUGAAACACAAAACCUGAACGGGAGCGCCUCUCAGUCGCAUGGCAUGCAGGAGGGGGAUCUUCUCGAUGUUUUUGUGAUUAUGCUCGCGAUAUGCCUCAUCGGAUCAAUGUUUAAAUUCUCAGCUGAACCUCUUCUUGAUGCGUCCACAAUGACACUCAUCGACGAAUUUAAAGAAAUUGGGCAGAAUUUUGAGUAUGGCCGCCAGCGAGUGUUCGGGGCUAUAGCACUUGCUAUAUUUGCGCCCCUCUCAGGUAUCAUUGUCUCGUCAUAUGCUUCAGUCAAUCCGAACGGAUUCAACUUGUACCUUCCUGCAUUUAUACUCUUUGUAUCCAUAGUUGCACUUUCUAUAGCAACUGCUUCUCGUAUCCCAAUUCGCGUUAAACAGCAAAUCACAAAGUACUCGUUCAGGGACGCGAAAGACAUCAUCUUAACACCGAAGGUGAUCGUUUUUUUUUUCGUCAUGUUCACAAUUGGAGUCAUGAUGUCAUUCGUCAAAACAUAUUUAUUUUUGUUCAUAGCAGAAAUAAAUGGAGAUGAGACUGUUAUGGGUUUGAGCUUGACCGUUUCUUGUGUUGCUGAGGUGCCCUUUAUGGCGUUUGCAUCGUUGUUCAUUGAUAAGCUCGGUCACCGAAGUGUCAUUGGAAUUGCUCUCGCUGGCUACGUCGUGAGGUUUAUCUGCUACUCGCUCCUGCAGAACCCUUGGACCGUCCUACCAAUUGAACUUCUUCAUGGGAUCACUUUUGGCUCCAUGUGGCCGGCAGCAGUAUCCUAUAUUCAUCAAAACUCCCCCCCAGACCUGGCCGCCACCUUGCAGUCACUUACGCACAGCAUCAUAAACGGUUUCGGACAGGGGGUCGGAAUCCUUAUUGGCGGAGUCAUUUACGCCAACUUUGGAGCCAGGAUCCUGUUUGGGGGAUCCGCAAUUUUAUCUUUUGUGACACUCGUCUUGUAUUUCGUCGUCAGCCUCAUCCUCGACAGACAAGAAAGAGCUCGAGGAUACGACAAGUUGUGAACACUAACCAGAGUUCCAUUUGUGUCACUCCACUGGCACUCCCCAACUUCUUACUUUCAAUACAUGCUUCACAUUGAGGGCCGCAAAAUAUAAAUUGAUCAUGAUAUAUGCAAUCUUAAAUGUUGUGUAUCAUUGGAAAAAAUAUCUCAACCCAAGGCAUGAUGCAGCCAUUUUGCCAAGCUUAUAAACAGUGACUGGCAUUUUUUUGGUAAAAAAUGUGAAAUUAAAUAUUGUUAAUUAAUUAGUGUAAUUAAUAUGCAUACAAUAACAGAUGAUUAUUCAAUUUUUGUAUUUUUGAUACAGAUUAAUUAUCGAUGUCACAAGAUUAAAAUGCAAAAUACUAGGGUGAUCCAAUGUUGCAUUAACUUUUGACACCAUUUUAUGUGCAGCAAGUCCAAUUUGAGAAAAACACAUUUCAAAAUUCAUAUUUAUAUUGACGUCUAUGUAAUAAUUAGCUGUUAAUUAUUCAUUUGAAGGAAAAAUAAAGAUAUUUGAGACUUAAAACUCUUUUGUUAUUUACAUAAUGGUAAUACCUGUAACAUAUCUCAAUCAUUUUUUUGACCAUUUUUACCCUGUUCGCGAAAUUGGACCACCUUAUGCCAUGGGAACAAAUGUAUAUAUAUAUAUAUAUAUAUACUGUAUAUAUAAUUGAAAGGAUGCUAAUACAGCAAUAAAGCAUUGAGACGUAGCCUGGUCUUUGUUUCAUCAGGUUUAAAACGAGCUUUCGGCAAUCGGGCCUUCUUCAGGUAUCUGAAGAUAAACAAAUGAAAAAAAGGGCUAUAACUUACAAACAAGAUCAUCAUGAGAGGGUAUUACCAAACACUUUAAAAAAAAAUUGUUAAAUUAUCGGAGUCAAUUACGUUUUAACUUAUAGUUAUAAUAGACGUUUUUAAGGAACGUCUUUUAUGUUAACGUUUUUAUGUUAACACAUUCCUGUGAUCAACAUAAAAAAGGGAAAAGGGAUUUCAUUCAUUAUUAAAGAUUGACCGGUUCCUAUUAAUAUGUACCGUUUAUUCAUGUAUAUAUAUGUUAAUAUUCACUUGAUAUAAUAUUAAGAUUCAAUCUCGCGUCGCAGACGCUUACUUACAUGCACCCCUUCACACUCGCUUUUACGCACACACAUACACAAUAAUUUUAUUCUACAUAAUACUUGGUUGAACAAAUGAUUAUACAAUGUGUGUCAAAAAGGUAUAACAACAGCUUAAAUAUGUGUAGUCUUGUAUGUAAGCAUGUAUGUAUAUGUAUAUAUAACAAAUUGCAGGGGUUUUUUUUACCUUCAAUUUUAGAGAAAAUGCUUGACCAU